AUGGCCGCAGAAGGUGUCUGUCCGUUUCCUCUUCCCCCAGCUCAAUACUACAAGGUUUACACGGAUGAAAAUGUAGAGAAGCAAUUAGUACCCGAUCCACCAACUCCAGCCGAGGGAGCUUACGCUAUGUUUGGGGCUUCUUUUGAGGUAUUGCCCUUCAUAAUCGAAUGUUGUUUUGCUGAAAAGAGAGUAUACAGUAACUUACUUGAUUAGGAUCGAUACAACCAAGGUUUACACGCUAAUAUUUACAACUUCUUGACGAUAAACGAAGCGUUAAGUUCUUAUUAUUUUGCUUUAGAGACUAAUUUGUCAUUUAUAGCCUUUGAUGACCGUUAAAGUGUGCUGAGCUCGCCCUAGGUUGUGUCUUUCAUAGAAUAUAAUUUUUUCAUUUUGAUGUUGUUUUAUUCGUUAUUUUUCUCAGACUGACGAAUCUAUUAUCAGACCGUUAGAACUUCAGGGGAUAACCAGACUUUAUACAACUCAGGGGAGAUUUGGUAUGUACAGUAUUUUUAAACAUGAGAAUUUACCCUGGUCUGAAUGAAUGUGAAUAUAUGAAGAGUCAUAUAUGUGAACUGCAAAUAAUAAAUGAAUAUGAGAGUGAUAUUUGCAAUAAUGAACGCUUCUUAAGCAGCAGUAAAAAAUGAGGCCUGAAAAAAUUGAGACCUCUGCACAAUUUGAACCCCUGACUUCUGUGAUACUGGUGCAGUGCUCCACCAAUAGAGUGAACAAGCCAAAUGGUCUGUUGAGUAUAAUUAGUGCAAGUACAAUCCCUUUGUUUAAUAAGUACUUAAUUCUUGCAAGUAAGAAUUGGCUAAAGUUAUUUUCCUUCAUGACUAAAAUUAAUGCACUGUUUUGAUAUCUAAUGAAACUUACUAUUUACGAUUUCAUCUAUUCUGCAGAAUUUUGAAUAUUGUUUUUCUUAUUCCCUUAGAUCGCAUCAAAGAGCUAAAAAAACUAAAUCAUUCCAUUGUCAUAAACUUCUUGGAGCUGUUAGAUAUUCUAAUUAAAUCUCCUUCGUCACCUAAGGUAUGUUUACCCUAACACAGUGUCAAAAUACACAGGUUUUCAGCAACACAUGCAACUUACUUGACUAAGAGUGAUAAGUUGUCCAGAAACCACUACAGUUCUUUUCAGAAGCUUCCUAAUUUAAAACUGUCAUAGUUACUACAAACCAAGUAAGGUAUCAUCUGGACAAAUUAUUAAAUAUUAGUAUUCAUUUUAAUGCAUCAGGUGAAAUUGCUUUUCAGUGAAAUGGUUAACUGAUUCACAAUUCAUUUUCUUUAGUUGCAUCCUGAUGUAAUGUAGUCCUUUUUUGCCUUUAUUUUCAGAGAGAAGAAAAACUAGAAGACUUGAACUUACUAUUUAUUAAUAUUCAUCACUUGAUCAAUGAACUUCGACCACAUCAGGUUAAUAAUUGAUCAUUAGCUUCAACUGACUUGCCUGAUUUGAUGCUUUUUUUCUGUCAGUAUCCCUCUGGGUAAACCAAUAGAUUUCUUUUCCAUAAGAUACUGUCCUGUUGAAGAAAUCAGUACAGUAAUAAGAGAUGUACUUUGUUUUCUUGAUUGAUCAGCAAGAGGACACUCAGUAGCCUAAGCAGCUGUACUCCUUAAAUUGUACUUUUUUUUAGUUAUGAGUACAUUCUAUUUGCAAUUGAAUUUCCUUGGAUGUUUUAAUUUUUGUUUUCCCUUGAUUUUGUUCAGCUCUGAGCCAUUCGAUUUGAAAAAAGUUAUUUCAGGUAAAAAAGUUAGUAUAUUUUGACACCUUGCAGGCACGGGAGACAUUAAGAGUAAUGAUGGAAAGGCAAAAGCAGCAGAGACUGGACACAGCAGACAAACUAAACAAGUAAUGUUCAUUUUAGUUUACUUAUAAAACCAAUGUUAUUUUACACAUUUAAGAGAUUGAAUACAAAGUGAACUUUUUUAUCUGUGAAAUGAACCUAUGAUCUUAGCAAACCUUCCCCAUUCAACCCAAAUUCUUCCAAAUUCAAAUAACUAUGGGGGAAUUCUGAUUUUCCAAGGCUCUGAGGGAAAAGUAAAAUAGGAUUAUGUAUUUUACCAAAAGAAGAUCCUGGAAUCAGGAUUCUACUGUAUAUGUAUUAAGCCUAAUGACAUGUUCCUUCAGCAUCUUAUUUACAUAUAUGGUAUUGAUAUUAAAUAUCAAUUAACUGUUUAUAUUGACACAGGCAUUUGGACAGAGUGGUGGCAAUGCUACAGUCUAGCCUAUCCUCAUUACAGUUGAGUGCAAGACAACAGGACAGCUCUUUUGAAAAAAUGGAGGUAAGGAUUUAAAAAAUAAUUAUAUAAGCUGCACAUUUCUUUCAGUGUUUGAGGGCAUAAGAUGUUUCUAGUUGUUGAUGGUUCCAGUACAAUUCAGUAAAACAUUGAAAAUACAAAAUAAUUAAAAUUUGGAGAAAGUACAGACCUCAGGAACAGUGGGUCUGAUCCCAAAUUAGAAAUACAUUGUUAACCCUACCAUUAGUGACCAAGACAAAAUUUCUCCUUACAACAUCAAUACAAUAUCAACCAGGUAAGUGAUGAGAAUUAAGAAAAAUAUCAAUUUGGGGAUAAUUAGUUGAACCAAUACUGAAUUCUCUGCACUGACAUUAUAUGAAUUGUAUGGUUGAGAGUAAAGAGAAUUACAAAUUUGAUCUGGGAGUUAAAGGGUUAAGGUACUUAUUGAAUAUAUUUACCCUGAAUAAGCAUGUUUUCUGUGCAAUCAAGCUUGAAAAUAUAUUCAAAAAGGAAGACUAAUCAAGGUUUUGAUUGCAUUAAUUCAUAUUUUGAAGAAGUUUUCCUUUAUUUCCUUUCUUUCAAUAAUUUUAAAAUGUUUUUCUAUCUACCAUUUAAUCAUCAGGUUAAUCAAUCACAAGAUCGCUCAGAGGAAAAUGAAGAGUUCAGCAGAGAAGAUGAAAUCAUGUGCAGUGCCUUGGAAAAUAUCUCAUAGCUAGACAUUUGUGACUGGAACUCUACAGACCCUGUCAAUAUGAAUGUUAUAUAAAAUGUAAUGUAAAGUUUUGCUGCAUCUUAGAGGAGAAAUAAUAUGCUAUUUAAAAACAUGUGGAAUCAUUUGUUCAGACAACUGUUUUUUUGUGGCCUUAAAUGUAACUAUAUCUUUCUUGUAAGAUAAUUGUACAAAUCAGUAUUAUGAGGUUCUAAGUUAAAAAUAAUUUAGGAUUAACAUAAAUUUAUAUACUAAAUAUAGCAAAUCGAAUAUUAAUGUACAGGCUCUGUAUAUGCAAGCUGUUGUAAAUAUAGUGCUAAUGCACUUGAUUGAUGUGAUGUUUUAGUGCUUCAGUGGUGUCUAAAGUAUAAUGUUGGAGAUCUGGGUGAAUAUCUUAACUGCCAUUGAUAGAUUUAUUCUCUCUAUAUGAAAGCUUACCUUGGGGAGGUAUGGAAAGUGGCCCACUGAUGAAAUCUAUAUCCAAAAUGUUUCAGCCUUUUUGAUGAGGUCUUCAAAAAUAGUUUCAUGUGGAUGGGUCCUGUCAUUUACCAUUUUCUAUUUUUGACAGGAUGUAUGCCUGCACAAUAUAUAUUAAAAUGGAAAUCGGUAUCCUUUUCAAAAACUUCAUCCCUUUUAUUUUCUAAACUUUUGUUAACAAUUACAUGGUAAUAACGAAGCAGUUAAGUUAAUUAGAGUUGCUAUGGAGAACCUCAGAGGCAGCCCCUCUGUUAGAUUACCCUAUCCUUCCAAAUACCUCAACUUAAGAUACUCUUAAAGGGGGAUCAAAUCAGUUGAUAAAACCAAAAUUGUCUUGUGAAGAAAUUCUUACUCAUUUGCAUAACUAAAGGAAGUACUCCUUAAGACAGAACCUCCCUCUGCAGAGCACUGAUUAUCAUUAGUAAUCCCCUUGCCCCUAUUUUACUUGUAAAUUCUGUAAUCAGCACUUUUCAAAUACUUGGUGGAUUGAUGCUGGUGGUUAAUCACUCAAGGUUAUCUAUAAUACCAACCUCAACACUACAGUGUGUAUUUUUGUGGCAAAAGCAUUAUUUCUGCUGCAAUAAAAUUUCUGAGCUUGAAGGUCUUGAAAUUCCACCGUUUUAAUGAUGCAACAUUUUAGGGAACAGAUGUCAAAUAAAACGCAAGGAAACUUUAAAAGAAAAGUUGAAUGAACAGAGCCGUGAGACCCUGGGAAGGAAAGUGAUAUUUUUAAAACCCAAUCUCACUCUGUUUAUGUGGAAAUGCAAUAUGGCGGACAGAUGACAUAAUUCCCAGAAGUGGAUUGUAAAAACUGUGACCAUCCAAGAAAGACAAGAACAUUGUGGUUUCAUCAUUUUUUUUAGUUUGACUUUUGUAGCAUGAUUGGGUUGCUUCUUCGGACUGCUGGCCAGAGAGUAUUGCUUUCGAAUCCUUAUCAUGGUGUUCUGGGUUCAAGAUUAUGUAAGCUUAUGGUAGGGAGAGUAUGCUUUCAUAGCAUAACACGAAACAGGUUUAUCUGCACAAGAUGCUUUAAAGAACUCUCGGUGACAAAGGAAAUUACCUUCCUACCAGCAAGGUGCUUAAAAAUGUUUCCAGGUUUGAUGUGGGGUGUCAGUCGGCGUUUUGCUGUGACUCGUGUCGGCUCGAAAGGACAUUCGGCCUCCAGUAUGCGGAACAAGACAACAGCGAUUUAUAUAAUAGCCCUUGCAGUCACAGUUGUGGGAGCCUCAUACCUUGCUGUACCUCUUUAUCGCCUUUACUGCCAGGUAAGUGAAUUUGAUUUACAGUCCUGGCCACAAGCAACAAGUACAUUUACUAUCCUUCUUUCCCCACCAAUCUCCGCUCUCCAUUUCAAUUUAUUAUUCUUUGUUUGUGUUGCAGUUGAAAAAAGAUUUCAAAGUAAAAAAAAUUUAAGCUAGUUCGAAUUGUUGUUUUGUUUGAGGGACGCUACAUCCUUCACCUAAGGCUCACUACCUUUAAAAGGGGUAAGUUUCUAUAGCAACUGUAGUACUGCCUUAAUGGGGUUUGCAUUAUAAUUUGGUUUUAUCAACUGAGUUGAUAUUAUGAAUUGGCCACUGUAGAGAAAUACUGAAGCUGACAUUUUAAACGUUAGCAUAUUGUCAGGGUGAAAGAACAUCUUGAUUAUCUUUACCUCAAAGCUAAUGCACUGUUAUAACAGAAGAUAGCUGGAUUAUUACUUUUGUUUCUAUUUUGUCUGUGUAGGCAACAGGUUUGGGUGGAACAGUGAAGAGAGAGGAAUCUGGGGAGAAGAUUGAGCAGAUGGAAAGGAAACCAGAAAGAGACUUAGUCAUUAGGUUUAAUGCAGAUAGGAGUGCUUCCAUGCAGUGGAACUUCAGACCUCAACAGACAGCUAUCAGGGUAUAAUUGAAAUGAGUUCUUUUGGUGCUAUCAUCUCUUUUGACAUGUGCAGUUCAACCAAGAUCACAAAUCUACAGUGUGUGUAUCCGUAAUUAUUUUUGCAUCAUGUGAAUGACAGCAGCAGUUAACCUUGAGCUGCACUGAAUUUUUUUUCCAGCUUGUACCAGGGGAAACAGCUCUGGCAUUUUACACUGCUACUAACCCAACUAAUGAGCCCAUCACAGGAAUUUCAACAUAUAAUGUGAUUCCCUUUGAAGCAGGACAAUAUUUCAACAAAAUCCAGGUAAGUCUUAUUUUGUUGUUAAAAUUUAAUCAUUUUACUCCCAGAUCUCAUUAGAAAUUCUCUUUACUAUGAGCCAUGUAAUUUUUGUGAUGUUAGUUUUGAGAAUUGGUAUCGGAUCAACAAAAAAUCUACUUGUUGAGGCUUUUCUUAUUUAUUUGUAUCACUUCAUUUGUCUCCUUGAUAUUGUAUUGAUAUUGUGAGGAGAAAUACUGUCUUAGUCAUUCAUAGGAGUAAGGAGGGAUAGCAUUUUUUCUGCCCUUAUUACUCUUAGUGAGAUUUUGUUACUUUGUGACAUUAUUAUUUUCAGUGAUUUACAAAUGAUUUUUUUAUUCCUAGUGCUUUUGCUUUGAGGAACAGAGACUGAAUCCACAUGAACAGGUAAGGUUAAGCUUUCACAAUCUUUCCAGUGGGAAUACAUUUCCACUUAAAACUAGAAGGAUAAAUAUGACACCGAAACAACCUGGCAUAUCACCAAAUUCCAGCCCAUCUAAGUGCUAGUGUUGAACCUCAGCUGAAAAACUCUGCUUUCACCUGUAAAAUGUUGGAAAUGUGUUUGUGUGGUGGUUGGCCUAUUCAAGUGUUUCACUCAUCCUCAGUUGUUGUGAGUUCCACUUCAACAAAUAUCACAUGAAUUCCUCUUGGCUUUGACAGCCAUGCUGUAAAGCCAAUGAAAGGUUUUGUACAAAUUAGAGUAUCGGGUUAGCUCAUGAUAAUAAUGGUAAUAGAGAGAUCCUCAAUCCAUGUUUGGUAACUGUCAUUUUAACUUAACUUCUCAGAGCUUCUGUCCACCAGGAACAGCCACUCAUUGUUACAGGUGUCAUAAAGGAAACUAGGCCACAUUUUAAUUCUUUUAAAGUCUGUCUGAUGUUAAUCAGAACACUUCUAUUUUUUGUUGGCAGGUGGAUAUGCCAGUAUUUUUUUACAUUGAUCCCGAAUUCACUGAAGAUCCUGCCAUGGCUAAAGUGGACACCAUCACUCUCUCCUACACAUUUUUUGAAGCUAAAGAAGCUGAAAGGCUCGGUUUAUAAUGACUGUUGUGUUCUUCAUAGAGUAAAAAGGAGUUAGCUGUAUUACUAUUCUGUACAAUACUGUACACAAAGACAUAUCUUGUCUCACACUCAAGAACAUUCGAAGAACAUUCGAACGCGCCAAAGCUGCCUACCACAAAAAGACGUGACAAUUGGGAGCAGUUUCACGCGCGUCAAAUUGCUUCGAAGGACUUUCGCGCAAAUUCUUUUGCUCAACGCAUGUCUUACUGUGUAUUUUAUUUCCUGAGGAAAAACCACAGGUGCUAAAAUACUUCUCCUAUAAAAACAACUUAACAUGCCUGUAAUAUCACUUUUAACCUUACAUUUUUUACAUUCUUAAAAGCAAGUUCGUUGCAAUUGUCUUUUUCACACUGUUUAAUCGGGAUUAGAAGUGGGUUUUUAUGUGGGUACGGUGGCAGUUUAAUAGAAACAGAGUUAUGACGAGGAAUACAAGCGGUACGAUAGGUGAUUGGGUCCAGAGAUUCUUGCAGUGUUUCAGAGGAGUCUUAUGCGUGGAGUUAUAUCUCUAACUGGAAACGAUCUAAUUUUUAGGUCAUUUGACGGUUGCUGGUUAAGUUUUUCUUAAUGACGAGUUACUUAUUGUUGAUAAGGCUUCACUUUUUCACACUGUUCUUUCUUCAAUCAUUGGCACAUUUCGCAAAAAUAUUUCAGUCAUACAUAUUUUGCCAUUUUCCUACAUGCAAAUUGCUGCUGCCGUAGGUACAAUAGCUUAUGUAAUGUAGAGCAAUGAGCUGUUAUAUUAGCUUAUCUUUUAAACAGGGUUCUAAUUUUUUUAUUGAAAACUUUUUGUGUAUUUAAAAACUACUUUUCAUCACUAAAAGUUUUCAGUGCUGCCCACCGAGUCAAUUUUUAUACUUCAGGGCUUAAACCAUAUAUCUUUUAAAUUGCAUAAUAAGCGGUAACGGCUGAGUGACUCGUUAAUGUGGAACUCCCUUUAAAACUCACGGCUAGCUAGUGUUUGAAGACACAUUUGACGACACCGAAAGUGUUUCCCGAGAGAAAUAAAUUCUGUUUUUUUUUGCUGUAAAUUUAUCAAAAAGAAUCUAUAAAAGGAUGUUAUUUGUGCCGUUUGCCUACAUUGCGCGGGGCUUGUCUCCGGUGUGCGUAAAAGGAAGGUCUCAAUGAGGUUUAAUUAGCCGUAAAACAGCGAAAAAAAAAAUAGCUGCUGGACAUAAAAAUUGAUAAAUUUUAACCAUUAGCCG